AUGAUUAACGAAAAGUGGGAAACAAUUUUAAAUGAAUCUGAUGUCGAUAUAUGUGCAUUUAAAUUUCAUAAUUUACUAAAUAAUUAUAUAAUUAAUUCAAGCACACAAAAAGAAAAAAAUAUCUCGUCAAAUAAACGUAAAAUUAAGCCAUGGAUAACUGAUGGUCUAAUAAAAUCGAUUAGGAAAAGGGAUAAAUUAGGUAAAAGUAUAAAAAAUAGGCCAAAUGAUAUUCAUUUCUUAAAUUAUUAUAAAAGAUAUAAGAACAAAUUGUGUACAUUAAUAAGGAACGCAAAAAAUGAUUACUAUAGAAAUAGAGUAUUGAAUAUUAAUACUGGUGAUAAUAAUAAUAACAAUAGUGCUACUAAACAGGUAUGGAACAUAAUAGGGGAGGUUAUCAACAAAAAUGUCAAAAGUAACAAACCCAUUUCACAAAUUAUUCAUGAAAAUCAACUGAUCAAUGUCAAUACGGACACAAAUAAAUGUGUUAAUAUAUUAAAUAACUAUUUUGCCUCUGUGGGUGAAAAAAUUGCAGGACAAAUUCAAAGUGAUAACGAAAUACCUAAUAUAAUUAACUCUACAAUAAAUAAUACUGAGAAUAGAGAUAGCUUUAAUAACGAUAAUUUACAUUAUUUAAAUUUUACGGAGAAAGAUAUACUAUUGAUUAUUAAAUUAUUAAAAAAAGGGACAUCACCCGGUUUUGAUAAUAUUUCUUCAAAUACAUUAUUACAGAUAGCAGACCACAUUAUCAGUCCGAUUACUUAUUUAAUUAACUUAAGUUUUUCAAAAGGUAUAUUUCCACAUAUAUAUAAAAAAUCGAUAAUCAUCCCAAUUUACAAAACUGGUGAUGUGAGAGAACUACAAAAUUACCGGCCAAUCUCUUUGGUAUCUGCAAUAGCAAAAGUCAUAGAAAAAUGUGCGAAACUUCAGUUGCACAGGUUUAUUACAGACAAAAAUGCUUUAAGUGACAAUCAAUACGGUUUUAGAGAUAAUGUGGGUUGUCAAAAUGCAAUUGCGUCCUUAUCCAAUUUAAUUUAUGAGUCUUUAGAUAGAGGUAAAAAAUGUUUAUGUAUAUAUUUGGAUAUAGCUAAAGCAUUUGACUCUAUUUCGCAUGAUUUACUGUUACGUAAACUAAAAAUAAUAAUUGGAAAUAAUAAUUUCUGGUAUUGGUUCAAAUCUUACCUUCUUAACAGACCACAAACAACCGAAAUUAAUGGUAUUCUAAGUGAUUCCUGUACUGCUAAAUUUGGCAUCCCUCAAGGUACAGUGCUAGGCCCUAUUUUAUUUUCAAUAUAUGUGAAUGACUUAUUAAAUUUAGAUAUAGGAGGUAAAAUAUUAGCUUUUGCAGAUGAUACUGCAUUGUUUUUUGAAGCUGAUACUUGGACUGAGGUGGAAAAAAGUGCUAAUAAAGGUCUAACAGUGGUUAGUAAAUGGUAUACUAAUAACAGUUUAAUGCUAAAUAAAAAAAAAUCAGUUUUUAUCCCAUUCGCGCUAUCCAGUCUGAAUUUACCUGAUCGAAUUAUAAUCCAUUUUCAUAAUAAUAAAUGUAAAAACAUGAAUAUAAUUAAUGAAUGUAAUAAUUGUUACCGUAUAGCUAGAGUAAGUUCGUACAAAUAUUUAGGUGUAAUAUUUGAUGAAAAAUUAAAAUGGAAACCUCAUAUUGAUAUGCUAAUAUUACGCUUAAGGAAAUGCUAUUAUAUAUUCAAAGAACUACGUAGUAUAUUAGACAUUCCAAGUCUAAAAAUGGUUUAUUUUGCAUUAGUUCAGUCUGUCUUAAUGUAUGGCAUAAUAGUAUGGGGCUCCGCCUAUAAAAAUGUACUUGAACCACUUAAUGUAACGCAUAGAACUCUCGUCAGAGUAAUAAUGAAAAAUACUUAUAAUUCCGAAAUUAACACAAAUACUAUAUUCCAAAAAUUAAAAAUAUUAUCAUUGGAACAGUUAUACAAUAAAACAUCAAUUUUAAAAAUAUAUAUGAAUAAAUCAGUUUAUGAAUCCCUGAAUAUGUAUAAAACAAGAGGAAUGAUCAAUGGAAACUUAAAUUUAAUUAAACAUAACACAUCAUUGAUGAGUAAUUAUUAUAUAAACAGAGGGAUAAACCUAUUUAAUCGACUACCAACAAAUCUCAAAUUGAUUGAUAAUGAUGUUAAAUUUAAAAAAAUGUUAAAAAAUAUGUAUACGCAGUCCUUUGAAAAUCUUAUUUAA